GAACCAAUACAGCCAAACACAGCCAGGCCCCACUACAGCCGCCCGUAGGCCAGAUGUCCUGUGGUGUGGACCUCUCCGAACCGUGAUCGCUUCUUCUCGCCUCGCAUUCUCCGCCCUUGAUGCGCCGCGCGCACCAUGGCAGCCUCGCGGCGGGGACUCCUCCAUUCGUGUGCCCUACUCCACCGCGCGCGCGCGCUGUGCCGCGCGGCGCUGUGUGACCGCCGCCUCCCCGCGCUGCUGCUCGCGCUCGCGCUGGCCGUGCUGCUGUCGUUCGCCCUGUGGUUCUUCGAGUUGACAUGGUCCCCCCUCAUAUCCGGCAUGUCCGCCGCUUCCCGCCCCACCCCCACAGGGCUGUAUGACGCAUGGUCGCAGAUCUUCGCGCUCUACCCCAACUCAACCCUCCCCCCACCAGCCAUCACCAUCCUGGCGUCUCUCCCCCCCGCGCCCCACCUGGAGGAUUGCGCCAGGCGCACUGCCUUCCGCCUCGCCUCAGAGCGCAGGGGAGGGGGGGAGGACGGGGCGGAGGGGGGGCCAGGCCGCUUGGCGGAGGGUGGGGGGUUUGGCGAGAAGGAGGACGGGAGGGAGGGGGAUGCACCGGGAUGGGUGCGUGCGUCUGCUGCGUGUGGCAAUGUGCCGCAACCCCCAUGGGUCCGUGGUGCUGAUGCGGCGAGUCUGGCUCUAACGCGCGUGGUGCAGAGGGACCUGUGGCUGCACCAGUUCCCCCCGGGGGUGUGUGACGCCCAGCGCCUGCUGCUCGUCAAGUGGCCGCAGGUGGAACCGCCAGGGGGGGAGGGAGCGGCCGGCACCAGCAGCGGCGGCAGCGGCGGCGAGAGCGGCUUUCGUCCGGCAGAGUUGGCGGAGCAGCUGGUGGCGAUGGGUGGAGCACUGAGUGCAGCAGUGAGCAGCCAGCGCGUGCUGGUGCCCAUGCCAGGCACCUUCCAGCCCGCCAAUCACUCCCACUGCCACGGCCUGAACGCGUCUGCGUCGCUGCACUGCUACUUCUUCCGCUCUGUCUCAGCAGCGUGCGAGGCAGCAGCCCUGCAGCAGUAUCGCGCUGCAGGCUCGCCCCAGUGCAGGCCGCUCUCGCAGCUCGCCCGUGCCAUGGCGUCCAACGACUCCCUCGUCUGUGCUGAAGCGACUAUUGACCCCGUGACACACCCUGACUCUACCGCUGCUAGUGCAUGGGGUGAUGCAUACAGGCAGCGAGCAUACCUGGUGGAGGAGAAGGGCGUGAUGGUCAACACCACAGACGAACACAUGCAGGCGUACUGGUGGCAGGCACAGGCUCUGCGCUUCCUCCUCCGCUGGCCCUCGGCGCACCUCUGCCACGCCACCAACCACAUGCGCCACUCCGCGUAUGGGCUGCGCGUGGCCACCCACUCCGCAGCACACGUGGCUGAGCAGCGGGCCAUCAUUGCGACGCUGCGAGCCCGGCACUCGGACGCGCACCAGCAGCUGGGCAUAGACAUCCAGUCCGAGGCUAAUGUGCUGGCUGCUCUCAACUUCUCCAAACACCACAACCUGGAAACGGAUGUCUGGCCUGGGCUGGGGUACUCUGGGUGCGGGGAUGAUGUAGAGAUAGGGCUGAAAGGGACAGGAGGGAUUGAGGGAAAGGAGGGGAGUGAGGGUGGUGGAGGUGGAGGGGAGAGUGGGGAGGGUGGUGCAGGGGCUGAGUCUGCCAAUGAGGAGGAUACUCCAGAGGAGAAGCCGGUUUUGCUGGUGACCUAUGAGAGGGUUGGGAGGGAGGUGUUGAUGCCUCGGCCUGUAGUGAGCAUGCAUGUGGAGGAGCAGGCAGGCAGUGGUGCAGAUGGGGUGCUGCGGCUGCUGCUGCUGGGAGACAGGCUGCGACAGCAGGACCCCGGGCUCAGAUACGUGUGGCUCUCUGCAGAGAAGCUGGCUAUGCCGCCGAGUCAACUCGUGAGCAUGUUCAGCCGGCCACAUCUGCAAUCCUCCUGGUUGUUCCUCCAACCCACGACCACGGCCCUACAAGAGACUGAUGCAGUUGCGGCCAGCUUUUCCUCUCUUCUCAUUGCAUCAGAGUGUGAUUACCUUGCCGGUGCACUCACCUCCCGCUGGAGCCAGAUCAUUCACACUCUCAGGUCCACUAAUGGCCGCUUAUACUCGGGGUUUGUGUCAUCGUAGCCCUUGGUAUCGCACUGUAUUCACCCAGUACCAUCUUGGCAUGAGUUGACUGGAUUCCCCAGCGGGCUUGACGUUAAAAAAAAGGCUACUGUGAAAGCUUGCUUGGGUCCUCUUGUAAAGGCAGCGCGCUUCAUUUCAUCGGGGAAACCUACCGUAUUGAGUGGUAGCUCUGGCGGCGGGCGCUGUCAGUACCAGAUCCAGACCGGUCCUCGCCGCGGUUUCGUUUGCGGUAGGCUCGGUCACUCCACUCCCCGCUGUUUUCGUCGCCUGGACGACCUCUUUCGUCAGCGCUUCGGCCCGUUGCCAGACCUCCCGGACUGGCACAGUUUGCUUAGUCGUAAGAUUCAGAUCUUUGAUA